AUACCCCUGCAACCCGACAUAACCCGAAUAUUUGGGCCAAUUUCUGGGCAUUUUCCUCACUUUUCAUACCCCUGCAGCAGAGUUUUUCGUCAGGUUAUUUUUGCGAAGGGGCUCUUCAAAGAAGGCCAAGAGUGUAUAGUAUGUGAGGAGGGCAGGAAUAAAUGGAGGGAGGAGUUAGUAAGGGUGUGUGCGUAUAAUAUACAAACUUGUGUGGGUGGGUGCAAAUAUGUCAUUAUUAACUAUGAGUUCGGGUGGUGUGGGUAGCUAUAAUUCUAGUAUGUGAUAGAAGAGAGUGGCAGGCGUGUUAUAUUAGUGUGAAUUGACUAGGUAUACAAUUGUUGUAGGAGUAUAGGAUUAUUGUAUUAAAUAUAGUAGGAGUAGAAAUAAAAGUAUAAAGGAAGAAGAGAAAUAAGAAAAAAAGAAUGAAAGAAAGAGUUAGAAGAAAGCGUAAGUUGAAGAAAAAUCCUUGAAAUAAUAAGAUUCAAAGGCUUUAAUUAAGAGAAAAGGUUUAUUUAAUUCUAAUUAUAUUUUGGGUUAUAAUUCAACCUGUGACAACCUGUCUUUGUAUUAAGUAAAGAACUAUUCCCCCUUAACAGAAAGCUUAGAGAAUGUAUGAAUUCAUUGUAUUUUCUUGUAGCC